CACAUUUCCUCUUUAACAAACAGCCCUCCGCUACUUCAAACGCAAAUCCAUGGUAUCGGGUGACGUAAAGGUUCUAGGCACAACGACGUGCCCAUACGCGAACCGGGUUGAAAUCGCCCUCAACUUGAAGUCCGUCGACUACGAGUUUCUCGAGGAGACAUUCCCGUCCAAAAGCGAGUUGCUACUGAAAUCGAACCCGGUUCAUAAGAAAAUCCCGGUUAUGAUCCACAGGGGAAAACCCAUUUGCGAGUCCCUUAUUAUUGUGCAGUAUAUCGACGGGGCGUGGACUGACGGCCCGAGUAUUCUCCCUUCAGAUCCACAUGACCGGGCCAUGGCCCAGUUCUGGGCUGCUUACGUUGAUGAUAAGUGGUGGCCUACACUAAACAGUCUCCGGAACGCAGAGGGAGAGGAGGCGAAAGUGGCAGCAAUAGAGCAAUUUAUGGAAGCGCUCAUGCCAUUGGAGGAUGCUUUGGCCAAAUGUGGCAAGGGAAAGGACUUCUUCGGUGGUGACACCAUCGGGUAUGUCGAUAUAGCCCUCGGGAGCUUCUUGGGGUGGCUGAGAGCGGUCGAGAAGAUGGCUGAUGUAAAGCUGCUAGACGAAACCAAAACACCGGGUCUAUUUGGAUGGGCCGAGAGGUUCGUUUCAAAUGCUAAUGCGAAAGAUGUCAUUCCGGAAGCAGAUAAGAUUGUGAAGUUUAUGGCUGCCCGAGCUAAAGCCCAGUAAAUUUCCAAUACGGUUUUGCUUUUCCAUUUUCACCAAGUCAAUAAAUUGGGCUGCUUUACAUUCCUCUGGAUUUUUUUUUUCUUUUCUGGUUUCAUUUUUCAAUUUUGGUUUGUUUUCCUUCUGGGUUUUGUAAUUCAAUAAAUUGUU